AUGGCCGCCAAUGGUCUCGCUCUUCCAGACGGCCUCCACAAGCUUUUUACUCAAGUCAACCUCGAAGACAUCACGAAAGCCAUCACAAAUGUCACAUUGGCUGAUUUCACCCACCCAGUCAACACAGCCAAAGGACGCGAGCUCAACGCCGAAACCGUCACCAUGCUCUACGAGGAAGCCAGCAAGCUCCAUGGCGCAGGAGCGACUCUCAUGGCCGCUGCUUUGGUCACGUUUGUCAUCAUCUUCUGCUUCCCCAUGGCCGCAGCCACACCUUUCUUGACCAUGCUGGGUUUCACGAAUAUCGGUCCCGCUGCUGCUUCCCUCGUUGCGGUCUUCCAGUCUGCUUGGGGUGUCAAUGCUCUGUUCAGUCUUUUGCAAAGUGCAGCUAUGGGCGGUUACGGCGCUCCUGUCGUUGCUGGUGUGGUCCAAGCAGCUUCUGCUGCUGGUGCCUUCAAGGCCUGGGCAAUGGGUAAUUUCACCUUGCCUGCCUUCCCAUGGAAGCUGUGA